UUUAUUUUCCUUCUUGUUUGUUAUAAACAUUCUUAUUUUAAUAUACCAUCAAUGUCAACAUUAUCAUUUCCACCUUUUCACACCGAUCCUGUCGCAAUACCCAUUACAGAUACUAGUGGCGAUGAAGAACAAGCAUAUAAAGAUAUGAUUAAGCAACUGGCAGCCCAAGCCCCUGAGCCGUAUGGUGCUAUUCCUCCCUUAAUAAAAAAGAAGAAGAAGAAAAAGAGAAAGACAGACAAAAGAAACUUGCCAAUCAGACGAAUGUCUCAUGUAGAGAAUUGGAUCGCUGUAGAUAGUAAAGAAAGCAUACCUGACGAACAAGACCUGGUAAAAAAAAAAAAAAUACAUUCGUACUUAAAAGACUAACAUUUAAGUGUUAAUUGCAGAGACAUUCACCGUUUCGUAACUUCCUGUCAACAGAUUUUUUAGUGCUACCUCUACAUAUGCCGCCUCCUUCUCUCAGUGCUACAUCAGAACAGCAACUAUUACGCUCAGUGGAGAAAAAGGAGCUAUCAACAAAUCCAAAAUUAAGUGCAGAUUUCAGGCCUGUGCUAUUUCCUAUUCCAAAAGGGAUUCCCGUAGUUGAAGAAGAGGAUGAGGAUGAUGAUGAGGAAGAUGAUGACGACGAGGAAGAGGAAGACUAUGAGGAGGAUGAAGAGGACGAUGAUGACGAUGAAAAGAGUCUGAGAAGCAAAACUUCAAUACCUUCGUUUUCACAAUCUCAAACACCUUCCACAUCGACAACUAGAUCUUAUGCAAUGUCAUCAUCACCACCGCAUACACAAGAGCCAACAAGAUCGCGUUGGAUGGAAACCAUUGCACAGUUACGCAGAUCACUGAUAAGAUCUACAUCACCGCGUAAAGAGGAAGAGGAGGAGGAGGAGGAUAAGGUUGUAGUUAAAAAGAAGAAUAUCGACUUUAUCCCUAUGCCUUUACCACCCAAACGUAAUGUACGUAAAAGACGAUCAGAGGCUACAACGCAGCCUAGAUUCAACCCCGAAACGAAUACCUAUACAAGAGAUACCCGAUCAAAUCCAGAUCAUCUAAGAAUGAUUUCAGCCGAGUUAAACAUGAUGAGAUCCAGGAAACUAUCUAGUCCACUGAAACCAAGAGGUUUUUUGCCUAGAAGAACUGAUUCGUUCAUACGGGGUGACAAAAGACGUUUAUCUAUUUUACAAAAAGAAGUAUUACCUAAUAAUUGUUAAAUUAAAAAAGAAUAAAAACUUGUACUCCUUUUUUGUUUAUUCAAAGGAGAUAUAGGAGAUAUUA